GGAACGGCGAAAUGAGCAUUAACGGAUAACAAAGGAGGUCAGGGGGGGAAAGAUUGGAAGAUAAUAAAAGCAAAAAUGGGAAGCGCCCGCGCCAUCUCUGUGCAACCCAGAUUGAUGUCUUCUUUUGUUGGAGAUCUCCUCUCACGCUCAACGCAGCCCCUCCCUCAACUGUUCCGUUAUAAGCCAGGAUGCACCCGUGUUUCAAUGCAGUUAUCCAGAACUCUUUCCGGCUUGACCAAUCUCUUGUUCAAUAGCAGAAGGCUAGAUGAUUUGUCAAAUAGUAAGCGUAAGCGUUUGAAGCCAGGAAAAGUUUCUCCACCUCGACCAGUGCCUAAGCACAUACCAAGGCCUCCAUAUGUUAAAUCUAAGAUGCUGCCUGGGAUAGCGAGUGGACCUGAAGUUCAUGAUGAGCAGGGGAUAGAACACAUGAGAGCUUCUGGAAGGCUUGCAGCGCAGGUUCUUCAAUUUGCUGGCACCUUAGUCAAGCCGGGCAUAAUGACAGAUGAAAUUGAUGAAGCAGUUCAUCAAAUGAUAAUUGAUAAUGGUGCCUACCCAUCUCCUCUUGGCUACGGCAAUUUUCCAAAAAGUGUCUGCACAUCUGUAAAUGAAUGCAUCUGCCAUGGAAUACCAGAUUCCCGACCACUUGAGGAUGGUGAUAUAAUCAAUAUUGAUGUUACAGUUUAUCUAAAUGGUUAUCAUGGUGAUACAUCAGCAACUUUCCUUUGUGGAGAUGUUGAUGAUGAGGCAAGAAAUCUAGUUCAGGUAACUAAAGAAUGUCUGGACAAAGCAAUAUCUAUAUGUGCACCGGGGGUGGAGUUCAUGAAAAUUGGCAAAACAAUUCAUGAUCAUGCAGAUAAAUUUCAUUAUGGUGUUGUCCGACAGUUUGUUGGUCAUGGAGUUGGACAUGUCUUUCAUGCUGAUCCAGUUAUUCUUCAUUACAGAAACAAUGAUGAUGGAAGGAUGAUGUUGAACCAAACAUUCACAAUUGAACCAAUGCUGACUGUUGGCAGCAUCAAUCCCAUUAUGUGGAAUGACAAUUGGACCGUUGUAACUGAAGAUGGAAGUCUCUCGGCGCAGUUUGAACACACCAUCCUAGUCACCUCAGACGGGGCUGAGAUUCUUACUUAAUGCUGACAGAUCCAACGCUUAAUACUUGCCAACAGAUCCUUGCCUGAAGGCAUAUUCCACCGGUCAUUGUUUUAGUGACUUCCAGAGCAAGGAAUACAUGCUGGAGGUCAGGAGGUGUUGCGUUUAUCCUCAUUUUUUUGGCCGAUGCCCUCUUGCUAGAAUUUUUUCCCCCAUGCCUGUUUCAAUGUUUCUUCCGUUCUCUAGUAAAAAGUGACCCGUAUUUAUCGAGAGGCUGAGAGACAGUGUAACAUUCUAAAAUUUUAAACUGAUUUUUCACAAAUUAUAAAGUUCAACAA